UGUAAACUGCUUUGUUGUCAGUACGAGCAGAGGCAUCGUAGUGGUCUGUAAGCAGCAGUCAACAAAACACAAUCGCCCUCUCGAAAUCGACCGGUACCUUCUAGAACAUUGGUGAGCUACGGCGACUAGAGAGUUUCAUGUAUUCCGCGGACAACAGCCUCAAAUACUUCUGCGAGUGUGGAAAUAAUAAUUUGUCUUCCUCGUUCCAAGCGAUGAACAAACUUUUCGGAGGAAAGAAGACGAAAAAAGAAGACAAUGCCGUGGCCAGCCCACCGAAGACCAUCAAGCCCCUAGAAGUCAGAAGAGAGGAAGUAAUGACCCUAAGGAAUAGAUUUCCCACGAAAUUACCGGUUAUAGUUCAGAGAUUUUCGAAAGAGCACCAUUUGCCACACAUCAAUAAACAAAAGUUUCUGGUACCUAAGGAAUUAACGAUGUCACAAUUUAUGAUCCUUAUCAGAAACAGAGUUCGAGUACACUCCCACCAGGCUUUAUACCUCAUGGUAAACGAAAACGUUAUGGUCAGUCUGUCCUUAACGAUGGCUGAAGUCUACUCCAACCAUGCUAACCCUGAUGGAUACCUCUACGUCACUUACGCUUCACAGGAGGUCUUUGGUGGUAGCUAAAGAGAUUGCAAAAACAUACAACACUUUUAUCAAAACCAGCGAAUCUGAACAGAAUUUUUCAUGUUAGUUCCUUUAUUAUUAUGCUGUACAUAUACUGGUUGUAUUUUAAAAGACUGCAAAGAUUUAUAGGAGUACUGCGAAUUUUAUAGACUGAGGUUAAUUUACAAUUACAUUUUAUCUUUGAUGAA